GCAAUCAUUUUCAUACCUGGAGAACCUUUAACAUUUUCGCGCGCGCGCGAACACAGAACGAGCGUGUUAUGGCGGUCACGUGGAGACUAUGACUGUCGCGAUUCGAGGUUAGUCUUUGUUUGAAGUUCGUUAUUAGCGUGUUGUUGAGGUGAGAAAAAUGAACGCUAAUGGGUCUGACAGCGAGAGCUCGGACAGUAGUAACGAGUUUAUGGUAGCCCCGGAGAAGCUGAAGUCAAUAUCACCGUUUUUCACAAAACCUAAUCGAAAAACAGCGAGCGUACCAAAAAAGCCCGAAAGCUCGGAGGAGUCUGAUUUUGAUUACGAAAAUGAAUCCCACGGUACCAAUGAUGACCUCAUGGCUCAAGUCCUCAAGAACCUUGAGGCAACGAAGAAAAGUCAAGCGAUUCAGUCUGAUCAGAGCAGUGCAGAACAACCUGAAAAUACAAAGCCUGUUAAAAAAGAACUCACCAACGAAAUAGCUGAUCUUUUACUCUUGGGCGAAUCUGGAGCGACAGCUUCAACUGCGGAUCAAGAUCAGGAUGAGCCGGACGAAGAAGAAUCAGCUGCAGCCUCCGCUCCGUCUAACUACAGCAUUCCAAAAGAAGGUGUAAAAAUAACUCUGGUCGAUCCAAACCUGAUUUUCAAUCAGCGGAAGAAGAAAAAACAGGAAACGCUUGAGGAUUUGUUGAAAAAGAAGUUGAAUCAACAGCUGAGGUCCAAUCAAGUAUUGCUUCACAAAGUAGGACUCCUGUGUUGGCUGGCGCAUGGUUUCUAUAUAAAUAAGCAAAUUAACAAUCCGAUAUUACUUGCAGCUGCGCUAAAAUUAGCACCAAAAAACUGUUACCCGAAAGGCAGGGUUGAUCUUUCUUACCUUGAAAAAAUCACCAAAUGGUUUCACAGCGUUUUCACGUUUCCUACGGGCAAGCCAGAGUGCGGCAUUACGACGCUGAAUUUGCUAAGGAGACUCAAAGACAAGGAGAUCCACAAUUAUCAAGAACUCGUUCUACUCUACGUAGCAACGCUAAGAGCCUUGGGGCUGACUUGUCGCUUGGUCAUAUCUCUGCAGCCGCCAGCUCUUAAAGUAACAAAAGAUCAGCUCAUCGACCCACAGUCUUCCCAAGUGAAAGCUGCGAAGGUAAAAAAGGAACCGAAAAAAGAAACAGCCACAAGAAAUCCAAAAAUGAUACAAGAAACGAAAAGUCCUGUUAAACGAGAAGAGGAAAAAGGAAACAUAUCAGCCAGACUUCGCAAAGCCACUGAGGCCAGGAAAAAGGCAGCUGAAAUUCUAAAAAGAAAGAAAAGUGUGAAUACAGAAUCUGCGGAGGAUGUUAAACCACCAGCUAAAAAAUUGAGAUCAAGAACGAUAGCUACCGCAAUCCCUGUAGACAAGAAGGGCCAAAGAAACUCUGAUAAAGUCAAAAACGACAAAGAGGUGACUGAAAAAGGUGGAAGAACUUUAAGGUCUCGGGCAAAAACAGCUGACAAACAUUGGCCGAAAGAUGCGGAUACGGAUGAUGAUGAUGAUGAUGAUGAGUACAAAAUGGAUGACGAUAAGGAGGAGAAUGAGGAUGAUGAGGAGGAUACGGAUGACGAACCAUUUGAAAGAACUCGCAGGUCAAAGGGCAAAGCAUUAUCUUCCAAACAGGGCUCUCGCAGUCAGAAUAAAAAUGCUGCUUCUAAAAUUAAAAAACAGUCUAAUAAAACUCCAAGGAGAAACUCAACCGCCAGGAAGCUGAUAUCGUCUGAUGAAGAGGAUGAAGAGAAUGAUGAGAAGCUGAAAAAAGUGAAAAAAGCAAAGGAUAUAUGGGCAGAAGUUUACGUUGAGUCCGAGGAAAACUGGAUAAGCGUCAGCGUACCAGAUGCAAAAAUUCAUUGCACUGCUGAGCUAUAUAAAAACGCUGCGGAUCCAGUGCUGUACGUCAUGGCCUGGAACUCCGAGGGACGAAUCAAGGAUGUAACACGCCGAUAUUGUCCCCACUGGCUGACCGUCACCCGCAAACAACGGAUUGAUGAGAAGUGGUGGUUAGAAGCUCACACUUCUUGGAAAGAACCUGAAACAGCCUUAACAAAAGCAGAGGAUGAGAUGCUCAAGCAAAAGGAACUGGAACAGCCCCUACCAAAGACAGUAUCAGAGUGCAAAGGUCACCCCUUGUACGUUCUGCCCAGACAUCUUCUCAAAUUUGAAGCCUUGUACCCACCGGAUGUCGUUCCACUUGGCUACGUUCGUGGCGAGCCUAUAUACUCUCGUCAUUGUGUUCACACACUGCGUUCGCGUGAAACGUGGGUCAAAAGCGCUAGGGUAGUGAAACCAGGGGAGAAACACUACAAAGUUGUUAAAGCAAGACCAAAAUAUGAUAAGCUUUCAGGUGCCAGGCUAAAAGAUGAGUCGCUUGAAGUAUUUGGAAAAUGGCAGACGGAUCCGUACGUUCCGCCGGAGGCCAAGGAUGGCAUUGUUCCUCGGAAUGAAUAUGGAAAUGUGGACUUAUUCAAAGAGUGUAUGCUGCCUAAAGGAACUGUUCACAUUCAGCUUCCAGCACUGAACCGUAUUGCCAGAAAAUUGGACAUUGAUUGCGCUCCAGCUGUAGUGGGCUUCAAUUUUGGCGGACAUGGAGCGCUGCCUGCUUUUGAUGGAUUUAUUGUUUGUGAGGAGUUUGAAGAUGUCUUACGGGAGGCUUGGGAGGUGGAACAAGCAGAGGCAGAUAAGCGUGCCAGAGAAAAGUACGAGAAAAGGGUUUACGGGAAUUGGAGAAAGUUGAUUAAAGCUGUUCUCAUCAGAGAACGGCUAACGGCUAAAUAUGAUUUCAAUGGUGACGAAGAAGAAGAAACGCCCAGCACGUCCACGAAGCAGCCGAACAAACGGGUAAAGCAAACCAAAGGUGGCGGGAAAAGAACAAAGGUUGACAAAAAAAAAUAGAUUAUAAGUAAACGUGUCAGCUCGUUGAUCGUCGCUGCACUUUUUAAAGAUUACGAGAAAAAUUCAAUUAUUCUUGUUCACAACUUUACCGCCCAAGUAUUUUUGAAAUUCACAAAUUACUUUUCCGUACUUCAGCAUUCUACAUUUCCAAAUUCUACAAAUUAAAUUUUCACUUUUUCAAAAAUUCGAUAUUGUGGCCCUUCUAUGUUUCGAUCUUUCUAUUUCUUUACCCUCACCUUGUUAUAGUCUGUAAAUAUCAUUCGAAAUGUUACUCUUUUCAUACCUCAACACCGUCUAUAACUCAUAUUUUGUAAAGCACAGAUAUUAAGUAUGUAUA